UGUGUCAGACAGAAGCAGUCAAAAUUGACUUAAGAUAUCCUGCUGUGUCCGGACUGUCCAGUUUCCUUUGAUUAAUUUCACAGUAUCGUUUCAGUGAUAUUUAGUUAUUAUAAAUCUACUUGCGAUGAGUGAGCAAUCAUCCCUACUUCUUCGAAAACAACUGGCAGAACUCAACAGAAAUCCUGUGGAAGGCUUUUCGGCUGGCCUGGUUGACGAUAAUGACAUUUACCAAUGGGAAGUGGUGAUCAUUGGACCGCAGGACACGCUAUUCGAAGGAGGGUUUUUUAAAGCGUACCUGACAUUUCCUUAUGACUACCCAUUGCGGCCUCCAAAGAUGAAGUUCACUACUGAAAUCUGGCACCCUAACGUGGCAAAGAAUGGCGACGUGUGCAUCUCCAUCCUGCACGAGCCCGGCGAGGACCGCUUUGGUUACGAGAAGCCGGAGGAGCGAUGGCUGCCCAUCCACACAGUGGAGACCAUCAUGAUCAGCGUCAUCUCCAUGCUGGCCGACCCCAACGGGGACUCGCCUGCCAACGUGGACGCUGCUAGGGAAUGGAGGGAGGACCCCAAGGGUGAGUUUAAGAGGAAGGUAGCCCGCUGUGUACGGAAGAGCCAAGAAAUGGCAUUUGAUUAGCUGCUCCAUGCAACAACUACCAUGCAGAGUGAGUACCAGAAGAAGUGUCCGACUAGUAUAACAAUAUUCUAUUGUGGGAAUUGUAGAAUACUCUGACAUUAAAUGAAUGGCCAGUUUCUUUAAAUAGCGUUGCUUUUAGCGUGGGGGGUCAUCAAUUCUGUGAGCUUGGGAAGUUUUCAAUAUUAAUACCUUAAAUUGGGCAAACAGUUUGUUUUCCUUAAUCACUUUUUUUCUUUUUGUAUUCCAGCCUGAGGAAAGUAAGCUGGUGAGGGCAACCCUGUCAUUACUCAAAGGCCACAUUCCUCUUCAGUGGAGGAGGGCAUAUGAGCCUGAAGUGGCCAGCACUUUUUUCACAAAGCUCUGGUGUUUUUUACAGGAUGUGAGAGAGUUACCAGCUCAAUAAUCUUCAGUUUUCUUACCUGGAAGUUAAUAUUUAAUUUUUAUUUUUGAAAAUGAUAUGUGAUGAUAUAUUAUUAUGGUAAUUUGUGGUCCCUUCUGUUUUAAAUCUGUCACUGAAUCAAGUUUGCAUCACAGUAGCAGUGUGCUCCGCCACAUAAACAUUUGCAAACAAAUUCAAUAACCUUUCCUUUAUUUCUGCUGUGUGUUUGCCCUAAGCUUUUACCAGCAUGCUAAAUAUGUUGUGCAACACACAGAAGUAAGAUUGAACGAAGUAAUUAUGUGUGCAGAGGAUAGAGACACAAUGUCAGUAUUAAGAUUAAACUUGCAAAAUUUUAUUUUAUUUUAUUAUUUUAUACUAGUAAGCUACCCUCUGUGACCUCAUAUUACUGGUAUCUUUAUUAGUCAUACAGUCUACUGUCAUUCUCAGUCCCACUUUCACCAGGGGUUUGGCACUCAGUGGAAUUAUGCCUUAAUUUCUCUUCUACUGUAACCAAGGAAACAGCUUCCAGUGACAUCGGAUCUGCAUGAGAAUACUUUUCAUUCAAAUUUUGAUAAUUUUUUUUUUUGGACUUUGGGGGGAUUUACAUGAGGGAUCUAAAAAUAGUUCAUACAAAAAAACUGAGCUGUGAAAGUAUAUUUUGUAUAUGUAAUUAUGGUGUACCAUAGAAACAUCUGGAUUUACCUCAUCUUCAUGCUUACAGCUCUUGCACUUUUUUGCACAAUAUUUUUUUCCAGUUGUGUGUGAUGUGGUGUUUUUCCUCCCUUAAGAUAUGCAAACUUCCUGUGCAUGCCUUUCACUAUUUUUUUUUCUUAAAAACAUGGAAUGUGUGUUAUUUGCUGAUUAAAGUUUACUGUUUUACAUUUCCUUUUAAAAACCACCUGGUGUCAUUUUUCCCUUGAUCCAGUUCCCUUGCUCUGC